GAACAAAAAGCUCACCGAAGAAAUGCUCGACAAGUCUGAAGUGGAAAUCAAGCUGCGUGAUGAAUUGCAGACUGUCAUGGAUGAAUUAGACCAGUUGAGAGACCGCUUUUUGGGAGGUGGGAAAGGCGGGAAGAACAAAGACGGCAAAUCAGGCAUCAGUAAGGACACACAGACGACCAUCACAGGCACACAAGGCGCGUCUGCGGGCGGAGUGACUAUGGGACAAGCGGGUAAUUCUGAUGAUCAUUUUGCUGCUCAUGUAAAGUACUAGAAGAACAUUCUUGCAUUCGUGACAACAUUUUUCACAAGACCCACCUAACAAUCCAUCACCAGGUAAGAGCAACGCCUUCUAUCUCCUAGAGUAUCCAGCAUUGAUGACUGAGCUAGCGAUGGAACAGGAGCUAGAGGAUUUGAAUGGCUGUGCUUUGGCAAGUUGGGAAGGAAUCUUGGAAAGGCUGAAGCAGUCUCGGAGACCUCCGAGUGGCGUCGGCAGCGGCUUCGUCUCUACACGACUCUUCAGGCGGUUGUUCUUGGGAUGCAUACACAGGUACUGUUGUUGGUCGUACAUCUGCAUCACUCUGACUAGCUCGUUUGAAUCUCUGAAAGGACAGUACUGAAAUUUAUCAAAUUUCAUUGUUCUACUCCGCUCCGAUACAACAGGAUAUCUCGCCAGAACGACCUUCGGAAGAUGACGGAGAGUCUCAUUUUAGCCGAGUUAGAAAAAGCCUGCGACGCCGUCCACUUGUUGCAAGAAAGCACCUUCCCUGAACAAUGUGCGCCUAUACGGGAGCAUAUCUUUGGUCGAG